GUUUACUUAGCUAUAUAGCUGCUGCUGUCUAGUGUCUGAAUGUCUGAUGAAUUUUAACUUUAUGUAUUUUUUAAACUCUGUGUUGUGAAUGAUUUUUUUGUAGAUUAGUCAUUACCAUAGCCGUUUCCCUUUCUGCAGAUCGCAUUAAACGUUAGGACACCUGUCGGACAUUUGCAAAAACGGUUGGAUUUGGUUAAUAAAAGUAGCAGAUUUUUGUAGUUGACUCAAUGAACGAUUCAACCGAAGAAUGUUCUCCAUUUAAAGAUAGAAAGAAAAAAACUCAUAUGUCGUUAAAUGAUAAAAAGCGUUUAGCUCGAGAAAAAGCUGAACAGUACAAUAGCAAUGGCAGACCUUCACGCCAAUAUCAUAUGUUAACUGCUGAAGAGGUAAAACAGGGGAAAGAAACUCGUUGGGAACAAUUGGAAAUCAUUGGUUGUGUAAAAAAUAUAAGUCCUUCUUUAUGGAAUUUGACGACAUUAACAGGACUUUACCUCAAUGACAAUCAAUUAACUCGUUUGCCGCCAGAUAUAUCAAUGCUUGUUAAUUUAGUAUAUCUGGAUUUGUCUGGUAAUAAAUUACGUAGUUUACCUGCUGAACUUGGUGAAUUAGUGUAUCUCAGGGAAUUACACUUGGGUUAUAAUAUGUUAAGAUCACUGCCACAUGAAUUGGGGCGUUUAUUCCAACUGCAAGUAUUAGGUUUAGCUGGUAAUCCUCUAUGUCAAGAAGUAAUGAAGUUGUAUAGUGAACCAAAUGGCACACACAGAUUGCUUAUGUAUCUCUUAGAUAGCUUACAAGUGAGAGUACCUGUGCCGCCGGGAAGACCAUGGAUACCUCUAUCUAGACCGAACAAGAAUAUUCCUUCCUGUCCAGUUACAGUGAUGUGUUAUAACGUUUUAUGUGAGAAAUAUGCUACUACUCAGAUGUACGGAUAUUGUCCAUCUUGGGCCCUCUCCUGGGAUUAUAGGAAGAAAGUAAUUUUAGGCGAAAUCCGGCAUUAUACUGCCGAUAUUAUCACUUUACAGGAGGUCGAAACGGAUCAAUUUUACAAUUUCUUUUUGCCGGAGCUUAAGAAGGACGGCUACGAUGGCGUAUUCUCCCCCAAGUCAAGAGCUAAGACUAUGUCCGAAAACGACCGUAAACGAGUAGAUGGAUGUGCAAUAUUCUUCCGAGCGAUCAAAUUUACGUUAAUCAAAGAACAUCUGAUAGAAUUCAAUCAACUGGCAAUGGCCAAUUCGAGUGGUUCGGACGACAUGCUCAACCGAGUUAUGCCCAGAGACAACAUCGGUCUGGCUGCCUUAUUGAAAACCAACGAAACCGCAUGGGAAAACUCUCUGCCAUCUGAAGUCCAACAGCCUAUACUUGUUUGUACCGCACACAUACAUUGGGAUCCAGAAUUCUGUGAUGUCAAGCUCAUACAAAUCAUGAUGUUAUCAAAUGAAUUGAACACUAUACUAGAAGAUGCUAACCGCAAUUAUCGUAAUGUGAAUCAUCAUCAACCGCCAAUACAGCUGUUACUGUGUGGGGAUUUCAAUUCAUUGCCUGACUCUGGAGUGAUAGAAUUUUUGUCCGCUGGUAAAGUAUCAUCGGAUCAUCAAGACUUUAAAGAUCUGCAGUACAAGACACUUCUACAUAAAAUUUCUACGUGCGAUAGACCCAACGAGUUUAUGCAUUCCUUUAAGUUAUCUUCUGCUUACGAAAACAUAAUGCCAUUUACAAAUUAUACAUUCAAUUUUAAAGGCAUCAUUGAUUAUAUUUUCUACACUAGACAGACAAUGACGCCACUUGGUUUGCUUGGCCCAUUAGCUCCUGAAUGGUUCAAAGACAAUAAAGUACUCGGUUGUCCACAUCCUCAUAUACCAUCUGAUCAUUUUCCGUUGUUAGUAGAAUUCGAGUUAUCGCCAAAUGCACACCAAAGCAAUUCAAAUGGAUUGAUUGGCCGAAGGUAGCCUCAACGUCGGUUGAAAACCGUCAAAAAACAUUAAUCGCCAAUAUAUUAAGCGUACGUACCUGCUACGAACACUCACUACAUCCUUUGUACCACAAUAACAGUAAAUCAUUUAAAUUACUGUACCUAUCCUCUUUUAACAUAUGUCAUUGACUUCAUAUGCAAAUAAUAAUCUGUUUAAAACAAAAAAAAAUCCCAUGACUACAUUUUUUCUUAGUUAUUUUUAUGAACAAAUGAUAAAUUGAAAAAAGUAAUAAGAAGAAAAUGUAUCAAAAUGAAACAAAAAUUAGUUGUGAAUUAUUAUUAUAUUACUUAGCUAUUUUUCAUCUUAGUUUAUUUUAUCUACGUAAAAUAUCUCUCCCUACCCCUAAUUUAUUUUCAAAUGUUUGUAUACAACACCAUAGAGAAAUUCUGACAAAUAUUUGUUGAAAACCUUUUGUUUUACUUAUUAAUUACAAUUAUUAUUAUUGCAAUGACUAUUUUUUUUUUUAUAUAUGAUAAAAUGUUGUCACUUUUAUUUUUACCUAAAAUAAUUAAAUUUGCAUUUAUUUUAAUAAUGCUCGAAAUAAAUGUUUUUUUGGCAACAUUUUUUCAUCAAUAAUAUUUUUUUGUAUGAAUUGUGAAUUAUUCUCAUAAUGCUAAAAAGACAUUCAACUGAUAUUUAAUAUUUUAAUUUAAAAAUCCCAUCAUAGAUAAUCUACUGGUUUUUUUCCUCCUGUAUACAUUAUAUGAAUUUAGUAUUCUGAUCAUCUGUAUUAUUGUGAAACGUUAUAAUGUUAAUGAAUAAUUUUCAUUUAAUACCUAUGUAAUAAAUGUUAUCAUUGUAAUGAAAAUAUAAGAUCUACUUACCAUAAAAAACAUAACCGUAUUGCAACUGAUUUCUGAAGUAUAUUAAUUGUCAACAAUAGAAAGGCACAGUAACACGUAUAAAUGUCUCAUUAUUUUUAUUAUUUUUUAUUAUACCCUCAAUAUCAGUAUUCAAAUAUGAUUUGUAAUUUUUAAACUAUGUCCUAAGAUUUUAUGUAAAAUUAUAAUUUGUAUUUCUUAAUGUAGUGAUAAAUAAAUUAAAGUUUACUGCUAAUAGAUUUUCAAUAGACUACAUAAAAAAUAACUAUCUUAUAAUAUAAUAGCAAUUGUCGAUUUAUGGAAAUUGAGUACAUAUGGAUAGAUUAUUUUUCUUGUAUACCUACUUAAUGAAAUAAUAUUGUUAUACUUGCAACAUAUAAUAUUUAUAUCGAUCUGAAGCGCCGCAUGAGAUAAUUCUCACAAUGAUUACAAAAUGUACGCACAUGUAUUUAUUAUAAUCAUCAUACCUAUACUGUUAAGACUUAGUUUGUAAGUGUGUUGUUGUUGAUGUAUAAUAUAAUGUGACAAUUUUUUUCCACGUGUUACAGAGACAUGUAUAAUUAUGACAUAUUGUUAUGUAUGAGUUAAGGCUAAUUAACUUAGUGCUCUCAUACCUCAGUGGCUUUCUCGGUACUUGGACAUUAAACCUUUUUUUUUGUCCCACAAAUACCUGCAAUUUUUCUUUCGUUCUCGAUUCUUAUUAUUUAAAAGUUUUGAAAAAUUCUUUCAACUGUCGCCUGAAAACCGAGAAUGCUGACUUUAUAAAGCUAUAGGUAAUGUUAAUGACCCACCUAUUAGCCUUAUGAUGUAGGAUAAAAUAAUAUAAUAAUAUGUUUAUUUUUUUUUUUAAACAUGUAUUAUCGUCGUCAUUCCGAACGCGUUUUUAGUUUUUUAGUGUUUUGUAGCCCUCCUAUGCUUUUAUAACAAAACUCUAUAAUAUAUUAAAGUCUAAGUGACGCAUGGACAAAGCGGAGUCGAACAUGCUAUAAAGCAUCCUUUUAGGCCUCUAUACUUUCUCGCAGUAACCUGUUUAGUACUUACUUAUCACAGUUAUCUGUGUUCCGUGGAAAUGUUGAAAUUACAUUAAAUAUUUGAUCAACUGUAUCCAGAUAAAAUUAUCAAAACGAAGAAAAUUUGAGUAUUGGAUUGAAGCUUUUUACACUUUUUUUUUGGGGGGGGGGGCGCUAAUUUUAAAUUUGGGAGUAAGCUGAAGUCUCCCUAAUAUUCAACAAUUUAUAGUUGAGCAAAAGUAUCUACUCUAAGUCUAUGUGAAUAUCUAAUUAUGUAUUAUUCAUUUAUUUGUUAUACUUAAUGAUAUCUGAGAAGAAAUAUUUUGAAUUUAAAAUGUACCUACUCAAACACUUCACACACUUUUUAUACAUAGCAUACACUAGUUGUAUUCAGUGUCAAAAUGAUUCUUCCAAGUACAAUUUGUAUACCUAAUAAGAAAUAAAUGUACCUACAUGUGGUAUUGAGUAGGUAUUAAAAUUUUGGUUUACAAUUUUUUUUUUUUGUUCAAAUAUCUACAAAUAAAUGUAAUGUCUAUAAUGUAUAACAGUUUUGAGUAUUAUAAUCAAACACAUUAUUUAUUUUGAUGUAGGUACUAUCACUACUUGAGAAAUACUUCUGUGUAUUUUUUUUUCUAGUAUUUAAUUAUUUAAAUAAUUUUUCAAAACUAUCCUUUGUACACAACACCGAAUAUUAUACACAUUUACGAAAUUGUACCGCAUUGUCGGCGGACGUUUUUUCCUAUAUACCUAAUAUUUUAUGAUGUGUAUAAUACCUAUAGACGAACGCACAUACUUACUUAUUAUGAUGUACAGGUAUAUGUACCUACACUAUACGAAACCAUAGUAUAGUAUUAGGCACUUAAUAAAAUACGACUUGUCGCAUGAAGUGCAGUCGUGCUGGUCUCGCGCCCUCCCGAUUCUCACCCCUCUGUAGAUAAUUAUCCCAUACCCCUAAGAUGUUGUGCCCGGUAUUCCUAUACCAAUAUACCGCCGACGUUGUCGUUUCGAUUUAAGAGAAUAAUAAUAUUAAUAUAUUACAAUAGAUUUUAAGUGACAUUAAACUAUAAAUAGGUAAAUAUUAUAAUAUCAUUUAGAUCGUUAAUUAUACCGAGCAGAGAUCAACUGCGCACUAAGUAUAAUAUAGGUUCCAAUUGUACAUACUAUAUAAUAUAUAUCAUUGCAAUCGUAUGUGUGUAUGUAUAAUAAUUAAACAAUACUAAUGUUUUAUGUACUGUCGCCAAUGAUGUAUGUAUAAUACCAAUGUAUGUGUUAUAUACUAUAUAUUAUGUGCUGUAAAUAUAUAUUAUAUUUAUAUAUAAAUGUGUGUGUGUCAUAUAUACCUAUAUUCAUGUAUCAUUAUUUAUUACGAUGAUGUGCGUCUCGUAUUAAAUUAUAUACAUAUAGGUGUCCCAAUCGAUGUCAAAAACAAAUACCUGAUAUAAUAUAUUAAUAUAACAAUAA